AUGGUCACGCUCAACGCCGUCAAAGCGCACAACGCGACGCUAAAAUCCACCCUCGCGCCGGGCCUCGUCGCAGUGUUUGUCGGCGGCACAUCCGGCAUAGCCCUCAGCACAGCCCUCGCCCUUGCACGACACACCGUCUCCCCGAAAAUCUACCUGAUCGGGCGCAGCCAACCAGCAGCCGACGACGCAAUCAGCACAAUCAAAUCCAUCAAUCCAUCUGCAACACCGACAUUCCUAAAGAGUGACAUCUCCCUACUAAAGAAUGUCGACAGCGUCUGCGCGGAUAUCGCCGCCAGAGAACAGAAAGUGAAUAUACUGUUUAUGACGCCGGGUUAUAUGACCUGGAAGGGACGAGACGAGACGGCCGAGGGACUCGAUCGGAAAUUCGUACUGCAUUAUUAUGCGCGGAUGCGCUUUGCUUCCAACUUGCUUCCGCUGUUAACUGCUGCUGCAAAAGAUACGGAGCCAAAGAGGAACAGACUAUCCCGCGUCGUUUCAGUGCUCGAUCCACACGUCGCAGUACGCCUUGGCGGAUCCGGGAAACUCGACUAUUCCGACCUCAGCCUCAAGCAUACAUUCACGCUGAACCGGUGCGGUGCGCACGCGAGUCUCCUGGGCGACUUUUUCCUCGAGGGGCUCGCGCAGAAGUAUCCAGAAACGUCCUUCGUGCAUGCGUAUCCGUCUGGUGUCAACACAGGGUUGCUGCGCGAGUAUCCCAUCGCGUCGGCGGUUGCGUCGGUACUUUUCAGGCCGUUUAUGUUGCCGCUUGAGGAGAGUGGGGAGAGGCAUUUGUUUGCGGCGACGAGUGGGCGCUAUCCUUCCAAGAACGAGGAGGAAGGGAAGACUAAUGGGGAUGUUGUGGUUGGGAGUGACGGGACGAAGGCGAAUGGGAGUUAUUGGCUCAGUUGGGAUGGAGAGCCUUUUCCGCGGAAUAAGAAGCUUGAUAAGGUGAGGGCAGAGGGGGCUGUUGUGAAGGUUGCGGAGCAUACAGAGGAGGUGUUUCGGGUUGUUUGCGAGGAGGGGAAGACGUAUCCGUGA